CGAGCCGGCGGCAGCUGCCCCGGAGCAGCGUCAUUCAUUUGGGUGUUGGCUGCCCCUCUACUUCUCCAAGUCCCAUUUCUUCCUUCCCUUCAAGGGAAUUGUGGUGCUUGGAAUAAACAGAGCAUAUGCCAAAAACUCGUUCAGUAAAAAUCUGGUAAAAAUGCUCUCAAAAGCUGUGGACACUUUGAAAUCUGAUAAGAAAGUUCGGACCAUAAUAGUCAGGAGUGAAGUUCCAGGGAUAUUCUGUGCUGGUGCUGACCUUAAGGAGAGAGUCAAAAUGAAUCCCAGUGAAGUCGGUCCUUUUGUCUCCCGAAUACGAACAGUGAUAAAUGAGAUCGCCAAUCUCCCAGUGCCAACGAUCGCAGCCAUCGACGGACUCGCUCUGGGGGGUGGCCUUGAGCUGGCCCUAGCGUGCGACAUACGUGUAGCAGCGUCCUCUGCGAAAAUGGGCUUGGUUGAAACAAAGCUGGCCAUUAUUCCCGGUGGAGGGGGCACGCAGCGCCUGCCGCGCGCCAUCGGGGCCUCCCUCGCCAAGGAGCUCAUCUUCUCUGCCCGCGUGCUCGAUGGCCACGAAGCCAAAGCUGUGGGCUUGAUCAGCCACGUUCUGGAACAGAACCAGGAGGGGGACGCUGCGUACCGCAAGGCCUUGGACCUGGCAAGAGAGUUUUUACCUCAGGGACCUGUUGCAAUGAGAGUGGCAAAGUUAGCCAUCAACCAGGGGAUGGAGGUUGAUUUGGUAACAGGAUUGGCCAUAGAAGAAGCUUGCUAUGCUCAGACUAUUUCAACAAAAGACAGGCUUGAAGGUCUUCUUGCUUUUAAAGAGAAAAGGUCCCCUCGCUAUAAAGGAGAAUAAAAGAAACAGACCGUUCAAUUGCCCGUGUAAGACAUGUACUUCUGGAAGUAUCUUUCCGAUCCACAUUUGCCUCAGCACCUGGAAUCCCACUGACCAAAGUGAAGAGCAAGUCCUCCGCAGAGCGAGUCAGGCGUCUGGAGUGGACCCGUCUCUGUUCUGUCCAAAUGUGUUUUCAUGUCAUAUUCAUUCAGAUUUCUAAAGCUAGUAGUCUGUACCGUCAGAAACCAGUUCAAACUUAGGUACACAUUUUUAAAUAUUUCCUGCAUACGAGGCUUUCUGUUCUUAAUUUUUUAAUGUGAAUAAUUUAUAUAUCGCACACUCUAGGAAAUAAUAUUGAUUGUAUGUCUACUGUGCUGCAAAACAAAAUAAAAUGAUUUCUACAUACCAAAAAUGUGAAGUUAUACCAAAUAAAGUUUCUAAGGGAAUGUAUACACUCGCACACAUACAUGCAUCUCCGACCGGAAGAGGAAUUGAUAGGUUCUCUGAGUGAAAAUUACCAAAUAUAAAUAAAAUUGGUGAAAAGAAAACUUG